CCUGUGUCCCGGCGGAAGUACUUAGUGAUCAGCAACAGUUAGCUUUCUGUCCAUGUUGUUGUGAUUAAAGGACCUCAAAAAGGAAAAUGUCAGAGCAAACGAUAACAGUGACAGUAGCAUACGGAUCUACUAAGCACAGCAUCACAUUAACGGGUCAUGACGAUGGCAAAGGUCCGACUGUCAAAGACUUGUCAGACGCUCUCACUCAAGCCACUGGAGUUCCAGCAGCCUCACAGAAACUCAUCUUCAAAGGAAAAUCACUGAAGGACAUGGAAGAGAGUAUAUCCAGCUAUGGUAUAAAAGAAGGAUGUAGACUCAUGAUGAUUGGAAAGCGGAACAGUCCUGAGGAAGAAGCCGAACUGAAGAAGCUGAAAGACAUAGAGAAAUCUGUGGAGCAGAUGGCUAAAAAGCUGGAAAAGGUGGAUGGGGAGUUGACAGGACUCAAGAAUGGUUUCUUGGCAAAAGACCUCCAGGCAGAGGCGCUGGGGAAACUAGACCACAGAGUGAAAAUAGCAGCUGAGCAGUUCAUGAAGAUUCUGGAGCAGAUAGAUGCUCUGAGUGUCCCAGAAAAUUUCAGUGACUGCAGGAUGAAGAAAAAGGGACUUGUAAAGACAGUGCAGGAUUUCCUCGCUCAGUGUGACAAGAUUGAGGCUUGUAUAUCAGACCACCUAUCGAAGAUCCAGUCGAAAAACCUUGCCCUGGCUGAGUAGAGCUAGAAAUCCUCCCAUAUCAUGUAUUGCUCUGUGAGCAGCUGCAAAGUGUACAGAAAGUUCCAGGUGUGGAGCUUAUCCAUGUCUAUUUAUUGUUGCCAUGAUGUGUAUGAGAAAUCCCUCAUCGCAGAGAAUCCUGUGAAGGAGGCUCGUUAAUGACACUGAUGGGAGGUACACCAUGGAUACAUUCUCUGGGUUAAAGACAGAUUUGAGGUGCUUUCUGAAAUACUGUAACCACAGGCACACAGGAUCAGAGGUUCUUUGAACUGUGGUUAAUUAUGUAGAUCCCUUUAAAGAAUCCAAAACUAGUGAUCCAUUGAACUACAACUGCCACGUAUCAAUCAAAUUGUCUAUGAUGAUGUAAGAAAAGAUACAAAUCUACCAGUUCAUCUCCCUGUGUCUCACAAACUGUACAACAACAGAGAGGUAACAGUUUUUUUCUCUCAUUGUGGUGUUCCAACUGUGGACAAAAGUAUGUGGACAGCCAAACAUUUCACCUGUGCAGUUGUUUAAAUUCCAAAGUGAUAAGCUUUAAUUUGCUGUGCUAACAGCCUCCACUAUUCUUGACUCUCUAGACUCAGAGUCAGUGUUCCACUUUGUACCAAAAGUGCUGGAUGGGGCUGAGGUCAGGGCUCUGUGCAGGCCGGUCAAGUUCUUCCACACCAAACUGGACAAAAUUAAAUUUAUGGACCUGUCAUUUUGAAACAGGAAACAGCCUUCCCCAAACUGUCGGCAUUAAGUUUGAAGCACACCAUUGUAUAAUAAUGGGAACUAAGAGGCCUAACCCUUUGUUUUACUGUAAACAAGUAAAACUGCUGAAUAUUCUCUAAUUCCAGUUUCUCAGUUUUGAGGAUUUGCUGCAUUUCUUUGUCUUGUGUGAUGGUGAGCUGAUUAUCUUUGGGUUUUGGACUAUUGGUCACACAACAAGAUGUUUUUUAGUUUUUUAUAUUUUACAGAGGAUUCAUUAAAAAAUAAGUUCAACUUUGUUGCAGCACAAGACCAAAACUACACAACACAGUCCACAUACUUUUGGUCAUACAGUAUAUGUAUUACAUUAAGAGAGCACCAGUGUAGUACCUUUUGUUUAAUCCAGUGAGUGAGCCCAUGUGUAUCCUUGAAAUGUGUGUGAACUGUUGAAGUGUAAACCAUCACAAAGACUUUCACAUCCCUUUUUCCCAUUUUAAAAAUAAAAACUUUUUGAAAUAUGAA